GCUGAGCGUGGAGCCACCUUGGAACUGGAUACACUCUAAUAGUCAUACUUUUGGUUUAUAUCUCAUAACGAGCCAUCGACAUCGUUACUCUUCCCUCACCACAGAAUUGUCCGGUAGUGAUCCGAUCACCAUAAUCAAGCUAGGAAUACAGCGACCCUCCACGCAAAUCGCUGAUUGAAGCGCACCUUGAUUGAAACCGACGAGCCUUCCAAGAUGUCCUACAUACCGGGCCUCACCCUUCCUUCGUCUGUCUUCUCAAAUGCCCCCAUCUCGAUCCUCCUUCCUCUCGGCCUCGGCUUGGGAUCGGGCCUGAUCUCUCAACCGGGUCGGAUGCGGCCCAAGACAUUCUCAGAUCCUUCAGCCAAAGAGAUGGGGAAGUUUAGGACGGUAGAAGAACAAUACAAGGCCUUAAAACAGCCUCCUUUCAGACCGCCUCCUUACGUCUUCGCACCAGCGUGGACGACGCUGUAUAUGAUGAUGGGUUACGCGGCUCACAGGGCCUGGACGACAGGCAUGUCUAGCCUGAGCCCCCAAGUCGUGGAGGACACCAGAAGAGGGGCCACCUUGUACACGCUACAACUAGGCCUGAACCUCAUCUACAUGCCACUGUUCUUUGGCCUGGGUAGGCCCAUCGAAGGCAUGCUCGACAUUGUCACCUUGACCGGGACCGUAGGUUACCUCACCUACGUUUGGAGCAAAGUGGACAAGACGGCAGCCUGCCUGAUGGCCCCUUACCUGGCAUGGCUCGGCUUUGCGACAUACCUGACUGCCGGCACGGGUCACCUCAAUGGCUGGACAAUGUCGGGCACUGAAAAGAAGGAGGACACUGCCGUGGAAAAGAAGGAAUCAUAGUCGACGUGUCGGCAGUUCCUCGAACGCUGACAGGGUAUAGCAGAGCGUCUGCCCUUUCAUCAGUGUUUCUAUUCCAAGUUCUAUAUUACGUCGUUGAUGUCACAACGCGACGAUAUGUAACGCAAAGGUUGUCGCUUUCUCUGACACUGCGAGAAUUGCUGUCAGGGGAGGCUUGGGAAUCUCUACCAUCGAUGCUAAUUGACCAUCUAAUACGCUUCUCGGGCAUCUGUUCAAUCGUCGGAAUCUGUCUUCCUGCACUCAUGAAUCUCAUCGACGUCAAAAACAAGCCCACCUGAAUAUGACAACCUCGUGCAAUUGCUCCGCCGUAGAGGAUGUGUAGCUCGCUUUGUAUUGUGGUGGCUAACAUCAGGCUGAGCAAGGCUAUUGCUAGCACACACAAAGUAGUAUCCCAGAAUCAUAAGAAUAGCCGCCUUCAAUCGUUUACGAGCAAAUCUGACAAGUUGGAGAAAGAUGAAUUUUGUUCUCAUACAACUCAGACAUAUCUUCAUUAGGAUGUCUUGACCAUGGGCAUUGGCUAGCUAGCUUCUCACAAAAAUGGCAUGGCACCGAGUUCU